CUCUUCGAUACUUGUUUAGAUACAGUAGUUGAUUGUAUUGGUGUCGUAAGAGGACGUUGAGGAAGUCGAGGGGCGAGAAGGGUCGUGAACGUUCCGCCUCUUAGUUCUUGUCGAACUACUCAUCCAAGAAUCAUCUGCUUUCACAUUUUUACGUAAAACGUCGAGCUAAGAAAAGCAGUGUUUCUCCAGAAAGUAUCAAGAGCAAAAUUAAAUUAUUAAUUUAAUUUUUCAUUUGAUAGGAAUGAAAACUGGUCUUCUAGCUGAAACUUAGGAUGUUCGAAGACGAAAGAUGAAAGCUAAUAAGUGGAUAUACCAGAGAAGGUGCACUUGCACUUGCUACAAGUUCACGGCAAUGGCGAACAUAAUUAAUUCCACGGCAACUCUAAUAAGUGACGUUUACGAUUACUACCUCUGGACGUUGUCUCUUGCCGAUGAAAGAACGAGAGGAUGGCUCCUGGUCGAUUCGCCGAAACCUACUUUUAUAUACACAAUGUUGUAUUUACUUAUUGUAUGGGCAGGACCAAAAAUUAUGAAAAAUCGAAAAGCUUUUAAACUUACGUGGGCGCUCGUACCUUAUAAUCUUGCGAUGGCUCUUCUUAACGCGUACAUCGCGAUUCAGUUAUUUGUAGCCUCCACCAGGUUACGUUACAGCUAUGUGUGUCAACCUAUAAGGCAUGUAACUCGUCCAGACGAAUUGCAAAUCGCUAAUGCUGUCUGGUGGUACUACUUCAGUAAACUUCUGGAGUUCUGUGAUACAUUUUUCUUCAUCCUACGAAAGAAGGAUAAUCAAUUAAGCUUCCUUCAUGUUUAUCACCACUCCACCAUGUUUUCAUUGUGGUGGAUCGGAAUCAAAUGGGUUCCGAGCGGGUCCACCUUCUUACCAGCAAUGGUGAAUAGCUUUAUUCACGUCCUUAUGUACUCGUACUACGGUCUAGCAGCGUUAGGUCCUUCCGUUACUAAAUAUCUCUGGUGGAAGAAAUAUUUGACGAUUCUUCAAUUGAUACAAUUCACCACUGCCUUGAUCCUGGGUAUCAAUGGAAUUCGAUCAGGAUGCGACUUCCCACUUUGGAUGCAAUACGCUCUUGUCAUUUAUAUGGUCUCCUUCAUUGUUUUAUUCGGCAACUUCUAUGCCAAAGCGUAUAUCGCAAAGGGUAAAAAAGCGUACGCGGAAAGACAAUUAGAAAAAAUGAAAGUAGCCGCUCAAUUGAAAACAGAACUUACCGACGGAGCUGUGCGCAACGGAAAUGUUACAAAUGGACAUGCUAACGGAUACGCGAACGGUGUAUCCAAAAAGACUCAAUAAAACGACAUAUUCCUAAAUUCUUUAUUAAAAUAUUAACGUCGCUCGAAUUGCAAGCUGUAUAAUUGUAAGGGAGAAAGCAAAGUCUUAUUUUUGAUCGGUAAGAUGUCCUGGAACCGGAAUUCAUUUGACUAAAGUUUUUAGUUCUUGCAAAUCGCUACGUUCACGAUAGGCGACGCUUUGUACGAUGUACCCGCCAAGUCAUAUUUACUCAUAAACCAAUGUUUCCUUGAAUUGUCGUACACUUAAAUGCAACAUUGGCUUCCUUUGAUUAAAGACCAGCGUAGGAGGAACUUCCCACCGUUUAAAGACAAAUGGUGGGUGGUUACUUUCUCUACGAUUACUCCUAAUCAAGAAAAGCCUACAUUGCACCUACAUGUGUAUGUACAUACGACUUCAAACUUACCGGCCUGCAAUUUUUUUAGCCCUUAGACCAGUAGCACAAAGUUCAACGGAUCGCUGGUCUAAGGUAUUGUAAAUAGAAAAUAGUCGAGUAUGUUAGCAGUUUAGUCGUUAGUAGGCGAAUUGUACAAGAUCCAAUGGAGUCGAGUACGAUAAUAUUGCAUAAGCGUGAAGUAAGCGAUCUUUUUGUGACCGACGAUUGAACUCUGCCUUGUAAAGAAAACAAAGAAAUAAUAAAACUAAUCGUCGACUCGGGAACUGCCUUUAGUCUUCUCGUUUUUUCUUAUGGUAGAAUUAAGAUUAGAAUUCAAGUAAGACGGUCACGAUAAGGUUGUAUCUAUACAUUUGCACAUUCGAGACAUAGUUAAUACAUACAUACAUACUGUAUCGUGAUAUUAGAUAUGUUACAAUCUUUUUAAACCGAUAAAAGAACAUACCUUUCUAACACGAUCAAAAACAUUGUAAAAAAAAAAAAA